AUGCGGAAAUGCACGAUGGCACCGAAGCCGUCAAUCAAACAGCAGGAGCAUUCCAAUCCCCAGGCAAUACCCGCUGCACUACCCGAGAACAGCCCCAUGCAAGGCGUGGACUCCCAGGACGACAUCGUUGGAGUGAUCAACUUGGCUCGUCAGCUGGCCGAUAGGAUUGGCGCGACGGCUGAAGGGUCCAAUCUGCCGGAGCCCGUCGAGCCCGCCGAGCCGCCACCGGUUACCGAGUCUUGCGUUACUCAGGCAGGAGCUCCAACGGAUCAAGCUGCCGCCAGCUCAGAGUCGACCAGUGCUGCUCCACCGGCCGAUACUUAG